AAACACGCACAUUUUUUUUUUUUUUUAUGCCGGCCACACACAGUUUUUUAACUGACAGUUAUAACUGAGCAGUUAUAACUGUCAGUUAAAACUGCACGUGUGUGGCCGGCCUUACAUACUUGAACUGCGCAGUUAAACCGACGGGGAGAAGGAGGGGAAGCCUAAAGCCGGGGAUUUUUGCUCAGUCUUCACCACGUGUCUGAGGCGGAAGGAUGUCGGAUUUGCGGAAUUUCUCAAGGGCGUUCGUGCAGGAUUUCAUCGACCUGUACCGCGGCCACGAAUGCCUUUGGAAAAUGAAGAGCAGAAGUUACUCGGACAGAAACAUGAAGAGAUUGGCUUACGAAAAACUUGUCGGGAAGCUGAGGGAAGUGGAUCCCACGGCAGACCGGGAGGCAGUUGUGAAGAAAAUAAACAACCUUAGGAGUGCUUAUAGGAAAGAGCUGAGGAAAGUGGCAGAUUCAAAGAGGUCGGGAGGGGACAGCGUAUACUCUCCCAAGCUGUGGUAUUUCCAUCUUCUGAGUUUCUUGCUGGACCAAGAAAGUCCGCGGGCAGCAACUUCUAACCCGGAGACAUAUGUGGAUCAGGAGACGAAAGGGUCAGCGGAGCCGCAAGAAAAAGCAAAGGAGGAACGAACGCCACCUCCUGCGGCACACCCCGAGCGGCAGACCAACACAUCGGGACAGACAAGGCUACAGAAGAGGCUGAGGGAGGAACACACCAACCCUGUACUGGACUCAGCUACUGGACGCCUUCACCAUAAGACCGAGGAUGAUUUUGACAUCGCAGGGAAACACGUGGCUUCGAAGUUAAAAAUACUCUCUCAGGAUCAACGUAUAUAUGCAGAGAGACUGAUUGCUGAGGUAUUGUUUGAAGCUCAGUUGGGUAAUCUCAGUAGAGAAUGCAAAUUAACUGUUAAGAAAAAUCUGUCUGAUUAAAAAAAGCUGACUCAUGACAACCGCACACAGACUGUUGAAAGUUAAGAUAACAUUUCAAAGUCUUUUUGGCUUUUAUAUUCACUGAUCCAAUAUUCAGUAGUUUUCCAGUGAGUACAUGAUUUCUCCAUUAAAGUCUGCAGAGAUUGCCCGGUGAGUCUCAUUAUUUUCGAGCUAUGCUUUAUGGGUUAUCCACAGUAUAAUUAGCUGCAUUAGUCUGUAUUUAAUUAAUUUUUAUUUCACUAUUAUCAUAUGCAAAAAG